AUGGAUCAGAGCCGCUGGAAGAGCCGGAGCCGCGCGAUCUGGAGCCGCAAUCCGUGGAUCGAGCCGCAAAAUGAGCCGUGGUCUGUGGCUCGGUGCAGCUCAGCUGCUUUUGCGGAUCAUUCUCACCCAGAUAUGUUGUUUAAGGGUGUACUAGUGGCUACAGACAUACAACUACAAUGUGGAGGGGAGGCGGCAAUGCGGGCAAGAUGGACGGGCACAAUGCGGGCGAGGGGGCGAGUGAUGGGUGAGCCGCGAGACGGUGAUGAGGCGGGCGAGGCGGUGCGGACGAGAUGGACGAGGCAGGGGAUGCGGGUGAGGCGGGGGUGGGCCAUGGGCAACGCGGGUGAGGUGGUUAGACAACGGUGGUGCUGGGGCGGGACGGUGGGGACGCAACGGAGCAAGAAUGUCGCGGGUGAGGCCCAAGGUGGCGAGGUGGGUGGAGGACACGGCGGGCAAGUCGCAGAAGACGCGGGGGAGGUGGGGCUGCGGCUGAACGAGGACGACUCGGCGGAUGAGGUCGACGCAGCGGCAUGUGGUGAGGUGGUGGGCGAGGACAGAGGACCUCGGGCAACGUGGGCAACGUGGGCGGGGAAAGAGGCGGAGGAGACGUGGUGGGGAGACGACCAAGGCGGACGUGAGGGCGCGGGCGGGAGGGCGGGAGGCUGGGGCGCCGGCCAGCGCGGCCGCAACCGCGCACCAGAGGGACGAGACGCGGGGGCGUGGAGGGCGCGAGGGCGACGUGUGGAGGGCUUGAAGAGUGAAGAGGGCCAGCGCGAGGGCAGCACGGCUGGAACCUGGGAGGGGGAGGUGACGCGGGGAGCAGAGAAGGCGGGGAGCACUCAAGGAUCGGGCGAGAUGAGGCAGGUGGGGGACGUGGGCAAUGCGGGUUGCGGGCGAGGGCGACGCGGGCGAGACGUGGGUGAUGCGGGCGAGACGUGGUGGGCGACGCGAGGCGGAUCCGUGGAUGAGGCGGAGGGCAGGGACACGGUGAAGGAGGCGAAGGGCAGCGCAGGCGGAGGGCGACGCGAGCCGGAGGAGCAGGGGGCGAGCCAGGGGCAAACCGGGGGAUGGCGAGGCGGAGAUGUGGACGAGCGCGACGCGGACAAGGGGCAACGCGCGCGGACGAGCGUGAGCGUGAGCGCGAGAUGGGCAGGGACGCGCGAGGUGCGGAGAACUCACCAGAAGAGAUCGGGGCCGCGGGAGCUCACCGCGACACCAUGA